GUCAUCAAGCUGAUUGCCAGAGCCGGCAAUGGCGUCAUACGCUAGGCCAUGGGAAUACAGACUGCGGAAGUACCUCCUGCUUCUGGCGAUGGUGGUGGUCACGGUCACGUAUGCCGUGGCCUUCAACCUGCCCGGCGGUGUCUGGAGAGAAACCGCCCACGACCACCUCCCCGGUGAUCCAAUCUUCCGGAGCACCAACUACCGCCGUUACCUGGUCUUCUUCUACUGCAACGCACUCGCGUUUGCUGCGUCACUUGUGGUCAUCGUCCUCAUCCUCGUCCUCGACAUUCGGCACGACAAGGAAAAGGAGACCGUCUGGCUCGUUUCUGACGUCGUGCCGCUACGAGUACUCCUGUUGGUGGACUUUGUCGGCCUCAUGGGUUCUUACGUCGCCGGCAGCUGCCAGGACAAGGUUUCCACCAUGUACUUCUCUGUGUUGGUGGCCGCCGUCUUGGCAUACAUCGUGCUUCAGACGGUGCGGAGUUGGUGGUCUCUAGGCAAGAUCUCCGGCUCCAGCGCCGCGAUGUCGGUCCCCAACGCGGGCUCCAGCGGCGUGCCGAGGAUCAUGGAGGAAGAACGGCCUCGCGAGACCCGGAAGAAGCUGAAAAUCGAAGAACGGUUCCGCAAGGUUCUGAUGCUUUUCUCAACGUUCGUGGUGAGUAUUACCUACGUCGCAGGGUUGAGCACGCCAGGCGGCUACUGGGACAGCGCUCAGGCCGACCACCGCCCCGGAGACGCGAUUCUCAGGGACCGCCAGGGCGUGCGCCUAACCAUCUUCUUACUCUGCAACGCCACCGCGUUCCUGGCGUCCCUUCUCAUCAUCAUUCUGCUCAUCAUCGACAAGAAGCUCCGCGAGGAAACGGUGAUGCCUCUCAAGCUUUACGGGUGCAUCGUCGCCGUGCUGGUCAGUCUCUUCGGCGCGUACACCGCAGGCAGCUGCAGAAAGGUGGACACUACCGUCUUCCUGGUCAGCCUGGUCGGUGCCGUUGUGAUGUACAUUGAACUCCAUCUCUCUGUCCUUGGACCUGCCAUGACAGCCAUGAAGGGGAACUAUUUGUGGACAAGCAUCCAAUGUCUCUACAAUUCAGCCUCAAAAUGGUUGGAAGAAAGAAGAAAAUCCGACGAUGGCAGUAGCCAGGCCCUGAACAAGUCUCGUUCUCUUGUUCUACUGCUCGCCACCCUUACGGCCACCACCACUUAUACGGCGGGGCUGGAUCCGCCUGGCGGAUUUUGGCAAGACAACGUCGUCCGAGGGCACAUGGCCGGCGACCCGAUCCUCCUUGCGAUGCACUGGCGGCGUUACAAGGCCUUCUACUACUGCAACUCGGUUGCCUUCGUGGCAUCCUUGGUUGCCAUCAUAAUGGUUCAGAAGGGCCUUCUGGUUUGGCACCACAUGCUGGAGGUGGCCAUGGCACUGGAACUGUUCGGCCUCAUGGGCGCGUACGUCGCCGGGAGCUACCGCGACGUGCAGACCUCCACUUACAUCAUGGCCUUGUUUGGCGCCGUCCUGGUCUACUUUCUGAUCCACAUCAUCUUGUUCACGCUGAACCACGAGGACCGCAGUGGUGAAUCGAAUGAUGAUUUGCACAAGCUGUUGGAGAAGAGGCGCAAGUGGCUGCUCCUCUUCGAGAUCCUGGCCGCAGCCUUUACCUACCAGGCCGGCCUCUCCCCUCCCGGCGACUUCCUGUUACAGGACGACGAGUCCGGCGGGCACCUUGCGGGCGGCUCGAUGCUCCGGUACUACUUCCCGCGCCGCUACAAGGUCUUCUUCUACUGCAACUCGGCGAGCUUCAUGGUGUCAAUGGCCCUCAUCAUCCUCCUCACCAACACCUACCUGUACAGGGCAGUUAUACGAAGCAAUGUUCUCUCAUUCUUCACGGCGGCGGGCUUGAUUUGUUUUAUGGGUGCCUUCGCCGCGGGAGGCACUCAAAAUACCAAGACAUCCUUCUACAUGUUGCCGUUGGUGGCCGUGGUCCUCUUCUUCGUUGUGCGACUGUCCGUGGUGUUUCUGUUGAGGAGUCGCAAGAAGAGUAGUGGCAUUAUCGGCACGCCAGCUGAGACAUCAUCCACAGAAGAGAGGACAGCGAUGGAAGAAGAAGGAAAAAGGCACGCAAGGCGCAAGUACCUGAUGAUGCUAGGAAUCCUGGUUGCGAGCGUCACCUACAAGGCCGGCCUGAAACCGCCGGGUGGAACGUGGCUGAGCAGCUACGACGGAGACGGAUACGAGGCGGGCAACCCGGUGAUGCAUGACAAAAGGAGGACCCGGUACCUCGUAUUCUUCUACGGCAAUUCCACUUCCUUUGUGGCGUCCAUUGUCGUAAUUGCCCAGCUGCUGCGGACGCCACUACAAGAGAGCCAAGGGUGGCUCACGGUGAUCGACACGACCAUCCUGCUGGAUUUGGUCGCUCUACUAGGGGCGUACAUAGCUGGCUCCAGCAGGGGGUGGGAGACGUCCGCCUGCUUCGUCGCGGUGAUCAUCGUCGUGCUGGGAUGCUUGGCAAUACCUACGGCGCUAUCAUUCUGCUGUUCUAGGAAUCAUGCUACCCAGCAGGAGGGUCAGCAUGGCAGCCAAGAAAUUCCUCCUCAGUCACUGGGACAGCCAGUGGAAGUGUUGUGAUUUCGUUAUCGGUCUGCUCACUAGGCCAUUACUCUUCGAUGUACAACCAAGCUUACGUAAAACUUUCUACUACUUCCUGUUACUAGAACUCCAUCUCUACACGCAGCUUAGUUCUAUCGUCCAAUCUAUGUUUUGCUCUACUUCUCUUUCUUUGGACUUUUAAUUAAUCUAGAUGAGGUAAUCGCCGUACCAAGAAUCCCAGUUGGAGCAUGUUUACGGACAUAACAAUGUUGUUAACCCACUAAUAAUCAGGCGUC